ACAGUUUAAAAUUGUAAUUGGAAAUGGCGAUGGUUGAUGUUGGGUCUAUCUGUUGCUAAACACAUCUGAAGUCGCCGGUCUUGUCAUAUACAGUGUGAUUAUGGAUGAAGAAGAGCACUUGAACAAACGCCAUAGAAAUGGAGGGGCUCAAAAUAGUACAGCAGAUAAUCAAAUGAAGGAUUCCCAUGACAGACUUAAUGAAAAUGGGGAGCCCAAGGGACCUAUUGUCAAGACACUGAAAUCCCGACACAAGGGUCCAGUAGAGGAUGGAGUGACAACCAUUAACCUGGGACCUCUGUGUAGAAAGCUGGGCCUGGCCUGGUUGAUGACCGACCCCAAUUUGUGGUGUGUCAAGGACAUUUGCGGAUGGGUGUGUGCCAUCUUCACUUGGCUGCUGGUCCUAUACGCAGAAUACGUUGUAAACUUUGUCAUGCUUCUUCACAAUCCUAAUACAACAUGGAGUAUAGUAAACGGCCUCAUAUUCCAGUUCUUUGCUUUCAUGGCAGUGGCGUCACACGUGCGGUGUAUGCUGACUGACCCGGGUGCUGUGCCAAAGGGAAAUGCAACACAGGAAAAUAUCAAGCGGUUGAAUUUAGCAGACGGACAGGUUGUAUUCAAAUGUCCUAAAUGUGUCUCCAUAAAACCGGACAGGGCUCAUCACUGCAGUGUUUGUCAAAGAUGUAUUAAGAAAAUGGACCAUCACUGUCCUUGGGUUAAUAACUGUGUUGGAGAAAGUAACCAAAAAUUUUUUGUUUUAUUUACGAUGUAUAUAUGUAUUAUAUCAUUCCAUGCCCUGUACAUGUCCAUUCAUCAUUUUAUAACCUGCGUUGGGAGAGAAUGGAAAAGUAAGUCAUGCUCAGGGGUGUCUCCUCCAGCCACCACAGUUUUUCUCAUAUUUCUAAUUUUUGAGGCUCUUCUUUUUGGGAUUUUCACCGCCAUUAUGUGUGGCACCCAAGUGUCAGCAAUUUGCUCAGAUGAAACAGGUAUUGAGAGUCUCAAGAAUGAUGACUCUCACCAAAAGAAGGGCUACUGGCUGAGCCUGAAGGCCACCUUUGGCCACCCCUUCAGCUGGAAGUGGUUCUCACCAUUCAGUACACCAAAGUUUGCAUAUUCCAAAUCAUAUCUGCACUGUGUGUAACAACAGAAGACCUCCGGGAGUGGUUGAUUGUGUUGACCAAUAUGUCAUAUUAUACACUAGAUGAUGUAUUAUUAUUGUUUUAUUUUUAUAUGAUUUUAAUACUUUGAUAUUGUUAUAAAUUAUUUCUGUUGCCAUAAUUAUUUAUGCACAUCUCCAUAAUAUUUUAUUAAAGUUCAGAUGGAUUUUCAUUCAAGUAUUUUAAGAUCUGCUUGUAUAAAGUCUACUUUUGAAAUGCACACAAUACUGUGAAGGUAGAAUCUGACAAAAGUGAAAACUUCCAUAUUUAGAAUUAAAAGGACAAUGUACUCAUCUAAUAAAAUAGUAUUGUUGAUUUCUCAUUGGACUCUCUGUGCACUCCACACUGAAAAGUUGGAAACUAUUAAAUAUUCUACCCAUUUUAGUACUGUAGAUUCCUUAUUUUACGCGAGUACUUAAUUCCGCCAUUCAACGGUUUACUGCAAAUUGCGAGAACAUAAAAAUCGCUAAUGUCGAAAUUUUAUCAUAGUGUUAUGUAGUUUACAUAUGUUCGAAAAUUUUAACUGAGAUUUUAAAAUUCGCGAGACGGGCUUCUCGCGAUUUUACGCAGAUAUUAAUUCGCCGCGUUUGAUUAGGAAUUUACAGUAUAAGGCAAAGCUGUUUUGUUUCAAAUAUGCCCACCAAAAUACAUUUUUUCUUAGUGACAGAGGGUCCGUAGAAAAAAACAAAUAUGUUUAAGCAUUACAUGUACAAAGGCAAGAAUGUCAAAAACUUUUGUAUUUUAACUUGAUUUAUUGUUUUCUAUCAAGUCUGUCCUUUAAUUAAAAGAAACAUGAUCAUGUACUAGUAUUGCACUAGUGUAACAUAUUAUGCAACAUGAAAUUCAUCAUGAUUUUUAACAUGUCUUCUAAACUGAGAAGUUUCAUAGUUUUGCAUGUAAAAGUUCUGUACAUGUAAAUCAAGUUUUUCAACACAUCAAACUAUCAGCCGACAAAGCAAAAUAUAUAUGAACAACAUAUGACUUAACUGUGGCCAUUGUACUUAAAGUUGUAUUUAAAUUUUUUGGCACUUGUUGCACUUGGUAGUGGGGAACUUGUGCAAAUGCACUCAUGAUUUACACAAAUGGAUAUGUUGGUUCUUAGAAGCUCAUCAGAUAUUCUCUGACAUUUUAUAAAUUUUAAAUUCGGAGAAAAAUUGCAUGAUUGUCACAUUAACAUUAACGAUGACAAAAAAAAGAAAAGAACUUUAGAGCAGUUAUGACACACAGAUAGACAGAGUCCUUCAUAUGGAGUGAAAUAUAUAUAUAUAUCUAUGGUUUUUUGGGUUUUUUUCUAUUUAGACUGACUUGUUUUCAAACCGAUUUAUUGUUAUCAAUAUUAGGAUUUUAAUUAACAAGAUUGAGAUUGAUUUUAAAUUUCCUUCACUGUCAAAAUCAUACAUUAAGUUUGUAUUUUUUGUGAAUGUUUCAUGUUACAUGUAACUUCAGUAAUACAAAUUUUUUUUCUAUUAAAUUAUACUUCAGUUCCUUACGUACCAUAUAUUUAGAUCAAAAUUAUUUUUAUCACAAAUUUUAGCAUAAUGAAAUCAAUUUAUGCCUGUUGUUUAAUAUACCUGUCGCUGUGUUUAGAGAUAUUUUUAAAUUAUCAUGGCAAUACAAUGGAAUUUUAUUUUUUGUUUAUUCCAAGGAAAGCGAUAGACUUUUAACGUAAAGGAUUUUAGGUACACGUACAAAACAGAGACAUGGCCUCAAUUUUUGCACGUGUUGGUAUUAUAAGUUGUUGGUCAGAAUCUUUGAGAUAAAUUAGCACAACUUUACACACGUGUGGUGUGCCUUAGGUAAUACUUUACAUGGAAUCCAUAAAUUAAUUUUUAUUCAAACAGAAAAGAGAAAUGAAACAAGAAGAAAUGCUGAAAUUUUUUGUUUUUGUUUUAAUAGAGUAACAAACCAUGCUUGGGUAUAUAAAAUGUAUAGAUUCAAAGAUCAAAGAAUUGAAUCAGAUUUCAUUCAUGUAUUUACUUUGCAAAGUACUACGAAAUGAUGUUCGAUUUUUUUUUCUUCAAAAACACAAAUUUAGGUGUUGUUUUUUUACAUUCGGGUUUUGAUGUGAUUGAAAAACUAACAUGUUCAUGUAUUAAACACUGUGAAAUACA